AUGGACCCCAACAUGAACAGUCUCCUUAAAUGGAGUAUCAAGGCCGCUACCGAGCAGCAAUCCUCCGGUGAAAACAACAACAACAACAACGACUCUGGCAACAAUGCCCCCGCCGAUCCCUCCCGCGGCCUCACGCCGCAGAUGCUCUCGACGCUAUUUGGCGGUCCCUCCGAAGCCGACCUGAUGAAAGCCGCCAUGGAAGCCCUCCGCUCCGAUGAAGUCGACCUGGAGAACAAGCUGAUCGCAUUCGACAACUUCGAACAGCUCAUCGAGUCGAUCGAUAACGCAAACAACCUGGAGCCUCUGGGUCUGUGGACCCCUCUGGUCGAGCUGCUUGACCACAACGAACCGGACAUGCGUCGCAUGGCGGCGUGGUGCAUUGGCACGGCUGUGCAGAACAACGAAAAGUCGCAGGAUAAGCUUAUCGUCUUGAAUGCCCUUCCGAAGCUCGUCACCAUCGCCACUACGGACACCACUCCCGUUGUUCGCAAGAAGGCCGUCUACGCUAUCUCUUCGGCAGUCCGCAACUACCAACCCUCCAUGGACGAGGUGACCAAGAGCCUCCCCGAGGGCUACUCUCGUGACAAGAUCGACGCCGGAGACAUGGAUGCCGUCGAUGCGCUUAUGGACAAGCUGCGUGCUCACAAGGUCGAGGCUUCUGCUUGAAGAAAAGUCAAAUCGACAUAUGUGACAUGUACUGUUAAUAAGAUGCUGUAGCCUAGCGAGCCUACUUCGUCGUCAUCUGGCCAGCACGUGGCCGAUGUCAAGAGCAGAGCCCUCGAGGCAUACGUGCAUUGCGCGUAUACGUAGGGAUGAUCUUCCCCGGUAUGAUGUGGCUAGGCUAGGCAGUCGACUUGGACAAAGCUGAGCGACGAUUCUGGCGCAAUGGUGGCAUGCCGUGAUAUGCACCCACCAUCAUGUUGAGGCUCACGGUUCAGAAGCGACGGGAGGGUUUCCACCUCACUUGAUCCGAAACAGAUCAGAUGGAACAUGGUUCAUAGCUAGAUGCGAUUUACCGUCCUUGGCAGUCCACAUGGCUGCCUGGAAUUAGAUACCCUGCGCUACUUAGACAUGACAUGCGCCCUCUGCCAAGAAAUAUAUAAACAUUGAACAUGAUC